AUGACGCUUGCGGACACACUCACUUGGCAUCGCUACUUUGUCCUCUCUCGAACUCGCCCCCUUCCCUACAACACCAUCAAAAUAAACCACCCUGCUCCAGAGGAAGACUGUGCCGAUGACAUCAGCGCCAUAGUUUUCCGCGAUGCAUACGAAGAUGGUUCGCUCGACUACGAUCAUUCUUCGCUCGCAUCUAUUCCGGACCACAUCUCUCGAGAUGUGGUCGAAUAUAUCCAUACCCCCAUCGUCGACCAUAGCUCUCCUAUUGUCGACCUCGUUGGCUCUGUCCUCGAUUUCGUCGGUGACGUGGAGGUGACACAAUUCUUUGGCCCCAUCAAUCGCCAAAACGAAGUCGUUGCCCCCACGAUCGAUCUGGUUGAAGAGCCCACUGUAGUCUUUCCCGCUGCUGCUCCUGUUGAAGCCGUCGAAGUCGGUCGGGCAGCAGAAGAAGAUAUUACUGGACAUCCCAGCGCAUCGCCCAUCGAGUCCAAGUCGUAUGAAGAAGACGACAGCGACCUGGGAGACAUCAUCGAUGGAUACUACUCUACGUCGUUGGCUGAUAAGAAGGGAUGCCUAUACGUGUCUCUUCCGUACAAAGUAGCCAAUGUCAUCUCCGAGCCGGAACCAGUCAAGGUUCAAAUCGCCAAACCAGCUGCCUUUAAGCUUGCAGCUUUUGGCUCUAUCCCGUUAUUAGACCAGAACCUUAUCGACGAAUUCAUCCAGACGCAAGGAGCACCUCGUCGCAAACAGCGCGCUGACGAUGUCGGCGUUCGAUGCAAUGGAUGCCACAGCGACAUCGUCAAGGAGGUUAUCGAAGAAUACCUCAAGGUCCUAUCCAAGCACAACCUCGAAAACCGCAUCGACGAAAUCGAUAUCGCUGGGGUGUUGUCGGAGGAUUGCAAAUGUUCAGUCAUAGAUUCUUCGUCAUCGGGAUUGGUGUGUUCAGCUAUCGGUUCGUCAUCUUCAGAGUCUGGUUGUUCUGUCAUGGGUGUUUCGCAUUCAGACAACUCCAGCUCUCCCACCACCCCCAAUCAUAUCCAAGCUGCUUGUAUCUCUGCUGACGCUGAACCCGACAAGCACCACAAAGUCAUUGCCGCCACCUCUGCUAAUUCUACCCCUGUUACGGCCUUUCACACCUCUCCUACCAUCGCUACUCCCAAGUGUCAAACCCCAACAUUGCUCAUCCGUUACAGGUUAAACUCCGAAUACCGUCGCUUUUAUACUUCCUCUCGGCCAUCAGGCAUCCCUGUGAGGCAGAGGACCCAGUCUCAAGCACUCUCCCAAUCAUCUUCUCAAUCCACACCUCCUCGCCCUCCCUUUGCACCUGCUCACUUUGUCAUGCGAUGGCUUAACGGCAUGCCUCAUGGCUCUAUUUCUAGCCCAACCAACAUCCGUGCCAAUUCCCAUUCUCCAAUUCCAGGAUCGCCUCCCUCUUCGCUGCGUUCUAUCGGAAAGAUAUAA